UUAGACGUCGAGCUGGAGCGGAACCCGCAGGUGCGCGCGGAGAUCGAGGCGAUCAUCACCAUCAAGCGGGCGGCUGAGGGUGAUGAGGUCGGAGACACGAUCGUUUAUUUGCUGAGUCUGUCGGCUAGCUAUAUCAAUGCCACCAGUUUGCUAUUGGAUGCGGCGGUGACGGCUACCUGGUGGUUCCUUUGAGGGUGACGAUGUCAAGUUUGACACGAGCUGGAGAGUUGCAGGGACUUCCAUGUGUAGGGUGAUUAGAAUGAAUUGGGAUGACCUGUUGUAAAGUUCAAGUGGUUCUUCCUUGUAGAGAGUAGGCGCAGCAACAUCCAUUACGGCGAAUAGUUAUGGCGUCCAGGCACAGCAUCACCACUUAUUAGCCCAUUAGCAGUGUUCCAAGGGACGUAAGACCACGCUCAUAGCAAUGAUGAUCAUCAUGCUCGAUAUCAGCUCUUCUUGAAGCCGUUCAUAUAAGAAAAGACAAAGCUUAGGGCACGU